AUGUCGACAGCAGCACCAGCACCAGCACACUCCGCAGCACUCGCAGCUCCACCAGCCACGUCUUCCUCAAGUGCUGCUAGCGCAUCGUCACACGCCGACAACCCAGCCCCAGCCUCGAAAGAUGGUCUGCAGCAGCCACCGGACAUCUCGUCACCACACCAGUUGAUCGACUGGGUCGACACGGUGUUCGGACAGCUCGAGACAAGGUUUGACGAUAUGAAUGGCCAAGUCACCGCCAGAAUGAACGAGAUGAGCAACCGCAUCGAUGCACUCGAGAGCUCAAUACAGGACCUGAUCCAUGGCACACUCGCUCCUGUAGGCAGCUCUGCCGAUGCUUAA